GCUGACGAGCAGCAGCGGCACCAUGACCUGAUGCCCUACAUCGAUGAUUCACCCUCCUCUUCCCCACACCUCGGCUCCAAGUGCCGAGGCAGCCGAGAUGCCCUUUCCUUGGGAUCACUGGAGUCUGCCAAGUCAGGCGAGCCGGACUUGGAGAAGGGCUUGGAGAUGAGGAAGUGGGUCCUGUCAGGGAUCCUGGCCAGUGAAGAAACGUAUUUAAGCCACCUGGAGGCUCUGCUGCUGCCCAUGAAGCCUCUGAAAGCCGCUGCCACCACCUCCCAGCCAGUGCUGACGAGCCAGCAGAUCGAGACCAUCUUCUUCAAAGUGCCAGAGCUUUUCGAGAUCCACAAGGAGUUCUACGACCGGCUCUGCCCGCGUGUCCAGCAGUGGAGCCACCAGCAGCGUGUGGGGGACCUUUUCCAGAAGCUGGCCAGCCAGCUGGGCGUGUACCGGGCCUUUGUGGACAACUACGAGGUUGCCAUGGAGACAGCAGAGAAGUGUUGCCAGGCCAACGCUCAGUUUGCGGAAAUCUCCGAGAAUCUCAAAGCGAGGAGCACCAGGGAUUCCAAAGACCAGAUGACGAAAUACUCUUUGGAAACGCUCCUCUACAAGCCCGUGGACCGCGUCACGCGCAGCACGCUUGUGCUCCACGAUUUGCUGAAGCACACGCCGCCAAGCCACCCUGACUGCCUGCUCCUGCAGGACGCCCUCCGCAUCUCCCAGAACUUCUUGUCCAGCAUCAAUGAGGAGAUCACGCCCAGGAGACAAUCCAUGACGGUCCAGCGAGGAGAGCACCGGCAGCUUCUGAAGGACCGCUUCAUGGUGGAGCUCGUGGAAGGAGCCCGCAAGCUGCGCCACGUCUUCCUUUUCACGGACCUGUUCCUGUGUGCCAAGCUCAAGAAGCACCUUGGAGGGAGGAGCCAGCAGUACGACUGCAAGUGGUACAUUCCGCUGCCAGACCUCAGUUUCCAGGUGGUGGACGAUGCAGAGGCUGCCCCCAACAUCCCCCUUGUGCCGGACGAGGAGCUGGAUGCCAUGAAGAUCAAGAUUACCCAGCUCAAGAGUGACAUCCAGCGAGAAAAAAGAGCUAAUAAGGGUAGCAAGAAUGUGGAGAGGUUGAAAAAGAAGCUCUCGGAACAGGAGUCCUUGCUUCUGCUGAUGUCUCCCAACAUGGCUUUCCGAGUACAUAACCGCAACGGCAAGAGCUACACGUUCCUCAUCUCUUCUGAUUACGAGCGAGCGGAGUGGCGAGAGAUCAUCCGUGAGCAGCAGAAGAAGUGCUUCAAGAGUUUCUCCCUCACAUCGGUGGAGCUGCAGAUGCUGACAAAUUCCUGUGUGAAACUUCAGACUGUGCAUCACAUCCCCCUCACGAUAAACAAGGAAGAUGACGAGUCACCCGGCCUCUAUGGAUUCCUGAAUGUCAUCGUCCACUCGGCCACGGGCUUCAAGCAGAGCUCAAACCUGUACUGCACCUUAGAAGUGGACUCCUUUGGGUACUUUGUGAACAAGGCAAAAACCAGAGUCUACAGAGAUACUGCGGAGCCGAACUGGAACGAGGAAUUCGAGAUAGAGCUGGAGGGCUCCCAGACCCUGCGGCUCCUGUGCUAUGAGAAGUGCUACAACAAAGUGAAGCCCCCCAAAGAGGAUGGAGAGACCACCGACCGGAUUAUGGGCAAAGGCCAAAUCCAGCUGGAUCCACAGGCCUUCCAGGAGAAAGACUGGCAGCGCACAGUCAUCCUGAUGGGCGGAGUUGAAGUGAAACUGUCCGUGAAGUUUACAAGCAGGGAGUUCAGCUUAAAGAGGAUGCCCUCUCGCAAGCAGACAGGAGUGUUUGGAGUGAAGAUUGCAGUUGUUACCAAGAGGGAGCGGUCGAAGGUGCCUUACAUUGUGCGCCAGUGUGUGGAGGAGGUGGAGCGCCGCGGCCUGGAGGAGGUGGGCAUCUACCGUGUCUCCGGGGUUGCCACCGAUAUCCAGGCGUUGAAAGCUGCUUUUGAUGCCAACAACAAAGAUGUCUCCGUCAUGAUGAACGAGAUGGACGUCAAUGCCAUUGCAGGGACACUGAAACUGUACUUCCGAGAGCUGCCAGAGCCCCUCUUCACAGAUGAGCUUUACCCCAACUUUGCUGGAGGCAUCGCGCUUUCGGACCCAGUUGCAAAAGAAAGCUGCAUGCUGAAUUUACUGCUGUCUCUGCCAGAACCCAACCUAGUUACAUUCCUUUUCCUCCUGGACCAUUUGAAAAGGGUUGCUGAGAAGGAGACCAUUAACAAGAUGUCGCUGCACAAUCUGGCCACUGUAUUUGGACCAACGCUGCUCAGACCAUCAGAAAAGGACAGCAAAAUCCCCGCGAAUCCUGCCCAGCCCAUAGCGAUGACUGACAGCUGGUCACUGGAAGUCAUGUCCCAGGUCCAGGUUCUGCUGUACUUCCUGCAACUGGAGGCUAUUCCAACCCCAGACAGCAAGAGGCAGAGCAUCCUGUUCUCCACAGAAGUGUAG